AUGUUUCUUGGCGGAGAGUCGCCAGACUCGCCCGACAUCCCCGACCCGAUACCAACGCCUGCACCGCCGACAACACCUGCGCCGGCGAACCGAGUUUCGGACAAAACACAGACACCGGCUGAUCCCGGACCGGCGAAAAUCGUUGACGCCAUUGUGACAGAGCUAAAAAAGCCGGUGGAUCCUGCAACUAUUGCCGAUAAGGUUUCUAACAAAAACAACAAAGCAAAUGCCGGCGGUGGAAAGGUUGAGGAAGAGGAGGAGCUUGAAGACUUACCGCCGACGACGACAGAAGCUACAACAACUACAACAACGACAACACCAGAAACACUACCAACAACCACUACUAUCUCAACAACGACCAGUACUUUACCUACCGCCACCAGCACAGUUGCGCCCUCAGAUACGACAUUGUCGCAAGUCGUGGAGUCGCUAGCGGAACGCAUCAUGGCGCUCCUUAAUCCGAAAACAAAGAAACCUGAAGACGCUAUCGCCGCUCCCGUAGCUAAACCCGAAUUAGCUCCACGUAUAGCGCAUCCAGCUGGCGAAAUUGUGAUUACCGAUGGAGGUCGCGUGGCCACUAAAGUUGAUGAUGCAAUUGGUGUAUCAUUGAAUGUUGCACCUGAAUCCGUAGGCACUUCCGUAAACACUGCGGUAAGUCCCUUCGACACGUUGGUGAAAGUUGCGGUAAAUUCCGUUUCUUCUCCCAUAAACAUAAUUGACUCUCCUGUUUACACCGCUAUAGAGCCAAUCGGCGUUUCCAUCCACACCGCAAGUGGCCCCAUUCCACUUCCGAUGAACGCUGCUGCUAUUCCUGUUCCACAGGUAAAACCAGCCAUUAACAGCGUCCCGCCACCUUCGGUCGCCGAUUCAUUCAUGAUAACGCUUCAUCAACCGCAAUCCCAAGGAGCAGACAGCAGUAGCAAAACAGCGACGUCAGGUCCGGUCUCUCCGAAAUCAGGUCUGCAGACGAUAGAUCAACCGAAACAGGAAUUCUCGGCACAAACUGCACCGAAGCCAGCUCGUCGGACUGUUAUUAUUGUUAGACGGAAUCCGAACGGAUCUACAUCUGGCGUACAGAGGAUUAUUGUCCAAGGCGAAAGCAUGGGUCAAUCAUCCACCAGUGCUCUUACGUCCAGCCAUAUUGACGCACCUAAUCACGUAACACGAGCCCCGCCGGAAUCAGCAUUACACAAUACGAACGUUAAUGUCGAGGUCAAGAAAGCCGUAGAUCGUGUGUCAUCAUUUGGAAGCUUAGGAAUAAAACAUGAUGCAGACACCGAACGUCGCAAUAAAGACACUCAUAUGGAUACCCCGGUUGGAAACAUUAAUAUUAAUUCAGCCGUCCACAUAAAUCCUACAAACAACCACGUUCCUAUGGAUUCGUUUAAUGCUAAUCCAGCCGCAAAUGUAAAACCUAUCAGAGAUUCAAAUACUCCUACGACAUUGGACGAUUUUGGGAAACAUCGGUUGGUCAGUAAUCGACCAUUCUCACCAGAAGCAUUGAAACCUUUGCUCAAUACGAUUGUCUUUCCAGCGUCCCAAGACACUGCUCAUGCGCAGCAUGUCGCAUCUAAUAUACAAAAUAUCGCGGCCGGAAACGAAGGAAUACUGCGCCGAGAGGGCAUCCAACGGACACCCAUUCUCCAGACGGUGCCACCUGCCGACAGCAGCACCACGUUUCAUGUAUCAGCAAAUGAAACUAUCGAAACGCUGUCGCCAAAGGUAUCUGGCAAAGACACUAGCAACACUGUUCUACCUCAAUCAAUUCCAAAGCCGAACGCAGACAAUAAGAAAAGCAAUAAAGCAUCACCUGUUAAGACUGAUAAAUCCGAGCAAAUUAGCGCUAGAUCCGAUCAGUCUUUAGAGGGAACAGCGUCGCUCAAUCAAAUCCUAGACAACACACCAACUCGCAUAUCUCCAGAAAUGCUUAUUAAAGAGAUACAAUUCGGAGCGAAAGGCAUCGCUGGGAGUGUGAAUGUGAAUGACCAGGCUUUGCAAAUCAGCCAGAUGCUCGUAAACUUUCUUAAACAGGGCGGAAGUACCUUAAAUGAACAGCCUCUCCCAAACAGUUUAAACGAGGCUGGCGAUGUAAACGCUGCGUCAGACUUCAAACAGAACAAUAUACAGAAUAUUUCGCCCCUAUCUCUAACUGUCAAUGACAGCCUAAACAUGAAGCGACCAUCGUUGGUUGAUUCGAUACCGGCUACGGUUGAUAGCUCUUCGCAAACAGUCAAUCAACACGCAAGAAUAAGUCUCGUUCCAGCCGCCCUGGCGCCGGAAGGUCAUAGCCCUGCGAUAGCGGAAGCUCCGGUUGAAUUCGCGCCAUUCAUGUCAAGUAACGACUUUGGCGGGCUUACACUGCAACGUCAUCAGACCGCCCAGAGUUUCGGUACCCCGCAGCAACAAUUCAAUCAAAUGGACGCUACACAGGUACUCAGUGCUCUACAGACUGAUACAAAUACAAGCUCGCAACCAGCAACCAUUGAGUAUGUUUUAACGAGUUUGCAAAAUUUCCUAUCAUCGAAUCUCAACGUUCAGAAUGUUUCCUUCGUCUCAUCGACGCCAAGAACAACGACGACAACGACCAUCGCAGUUACUCCAAAACCAUCCUCCACCUCUACUACUACCACCAUACCACCACCUCCCUCUAACAAUGCGAUGAAUAUCUUAGCCAGUUUAGUUCAGCUGCAUGUACCACACAACAUGCCGCCUGACGCUAUUAGCGUUUUAGAAAAUAUUAAAAAGCUUCUUACAGACGCCGGCUUUUACGCGACAACGACUACAACACCAAUAUCAGCAUCAUCAUCAACAACAACAACAAUUUCAUCAACAACGGCUACUACCACAACUACAACAACAGUUCCGUCUACUACAACAGCUACAUCAGCAGCGCCAUGCACACCGCUUUCGGCAAACUUUCGGUGCGUCGGGAAAGAGAUGUUUGCGGCAAUGGAGUCGAUGGGUGCCUGGUGCAUCGGCAUGUGCGUCAAGGACGCCUGUGUUCAUACUGUGUGUGAAUGCGGAUGCAACGUCACACAGACGGUUUCAGUGAAAAUAACUACUACGCAGAAAAUGCCGACGACGACGACUGACGAACCACCAGAGGAGGAGGAGAUCGAACUUGAAGACGGCAUGACAACGAGUGCAAAACCCUCAACGACGACAACGGUGGAUCCGGUUCCAUCGGAACUCCGUAAUCUUCUACCCACCUCUCCGUCGCCCUCUGAAGAUUUUACUCUUAAUCCCUUAGACAAACAUAGCGCUCACGUAAGACAACUUAACAAACAUGUGGAAACGGUGACAAAUGUUGCGUGGGGCUCGCAAUCCAAAAAAGAUGUCAAAAAAGCAAUCACGCAAUUAGCAGAGGGCACCGUGUUUACCCCGAAGGUUGGAGCAAGCACGGUCGAAUCAACGACGCGAGCGGCUCCCGCUCCGAACUGGAGCGGAAUGCACUGGGGUUUUCUUCCACAGCCGAUACCCACGGUGCCGGAACCGACGCCUGUAGAGCGGAGCUGGCAUAGGAGGCCGCUACGAGAGAAGUGGUCCCGGAGCGAACGCUUUAGCAGCCUGAUUAAUCAACCAACUCUGGUGCAACCCCAACUGCAGUUGCCGCCAAACAUGCCUGCUAUGAUGUGGAUACCGGUUCCAUCAAUGGCUAACAUGAAUCCUUUCGGGCAACAGAUGAGUGGAAUGAGAUUUACGUGGGGUAACCAAAAGGCCGGCGGGGAGGGUGGGGAAGGCGGAAGUGGCGGCGAAGGAAACGAGGCGAACGAUAAAAAAUAG